AGAUCAACACAGCUAAAAACAGACAUUCAACUUUCAUAUCAGAAAUUAACUGAAUUUGUUCUUGCAUCCCUAGUUUAUUUCUAGAGGUAAACAAAAUUAGUAAUAACAAAAUCAGUUGGAUAUAAAUGUAUGCCGAAUUCUGUCACGAAGAUUUGAAAGAUUUCAAAAAUAAUGCAGUUCGAUACGUGUGAUACAGCACAACCUCAGUUCAAAACUUCAGCGGGCGUCAAACUGGAUCACAGUAAAACACAAACCCACUUCUGUAGGAUAUGUUUAACGAUUGUGUCGGAUGAUUAUUUGCAUCCCCUCACAGUGGAACACAAAUCGAAAUUGUUUGCAGCAUUCAAGCAGAUUAUUGGUCCUGAAGAUCCCUAUCGUUACAUUUGUACGAAUUGUUCCAAUUUGUUGGAUAUAUUUCUCGACUUCCAACAUGUUGCCCAAAGAUCCCAUAUUCUCUUGGAGACCGGCAAACAACUAUCACAUUGCAAUGAAUGGGACCAGCCAGACUAUGUGCAAAUGGUCGCAACAUGCAGGGAGGUCACCAGUGCUUACAGAAAACAGAUUGAUACGCUUCAAAACCAGUACAUGGCAUCCAGAAACAGAUCGUUUCACUUUAGCGAAGAGGUUCCAGAGACACCAAAUAUUAAAAUCGAACCAAUAUGCGAAUUAAAAGAAGAAUCUUUAGACGAGAAUAAAAUCAAUUCCAAAGACCUGGGUUAUGUGAUGAAUAACAGCGAGGACGACAUUCCUUUAAAAAGCAGGAAAAGAAGUUCAAAACCCACUAGUGAUGAAUCAUAUGAGCGUCGUCGAGGACGUAAACCCAAAGAUCAUCCAGACUUCAUGCCACAGCUGUGUGACUUUUGCGGAAAGCGCGUGUGUGGCGAAUCCGCAGAGGGUCAUAAGAACCAACAUUUAGGGAUAAAGCCGUAUCCAUGCACAAUAUCCGGAUGUAGUUUAAUGUUCCACGGUCGUCAUAACCGACUGAGGCAUGUGAAAAGGAUGCACAGUGAGAGUGGCGUUGAAGUUCACAAUUGUCAUGUUUGUGGUAAAAAUAUCCGUGGUCCUAAGCGAGCACUGAAAUAUCAUCUCCAACGGCACGAACAGAAUCAGCGAAAUGAAAAGAACUUCGUCUGUCAAGUUUGCGGAAAAGGAUUCACACUACAGCGAUAUCUUAUACAACAUUCUAUUAUUCAUUCUGGCGAGUUUCCGCACAAAUGUAGUUAUUGUGGUAAAAAGUUCAAUAACAAGUGGGGAAUGCGAGCACACGUGAAAAAUAUUCAUGAAAAAAAGGAGUCACCACCUUCCGGAUCGAGGACAUGAUAAAGUCGGGAAACGGAAAAUUUGUGCGAAAAAUGUCGAAUAAACUACAAUAGCAUCUCAACCCGAUUGCACAAAUGACAUUCAGUCAGCGCCCAUAUGAAUAUUUUUAAAAUAAUGAAGCUUCAAUGUAAACAAAAUAUAAACGUUAAUGAACAUAUAUAAUUUAUGUUCCAGAAACCACAAAAAAAAUAUAUCAUACCUAUUCUGCGUGGCGUUUGAGGUGAGAGACAAUUGUCGCAUAAUCACACAAUUCUCACUCUAUUCCGACAGUCGUAUAGGAUGACGUGAGAAGUUCAUUUUAUUGUGAGUGACUGAAUUAACUGCAUGUGAUGAGGUGUUCAUACUACUGGUUGUCAUAUCAGAUCAGAGGUUCCACAUUCGCAGAUGUCUGCAAAUUUCAACUUUUUAUUUUAGUCACAAACAUUUACAGAUUUUUAUCGCACAUAUUUGAAAAACGGGAUGGGAUCUUGACAUAGAACUGUAGUAAUUGCGUUUGAAUUGAGUUUUUUCAUUGUUCAAAAUCUGUAAGUUUUUCUCUUUUGAUACAUCAAAUGGGCGCCCUAAAAAUACCGUUUCCUGUAUGAACUUGUAUCCUUUACGGAUUAGACGAGAUAACGUGGUAGAAUCCGGAAUCACAUUCUGUUCAAAAAUGUACGCAAAAUACCAUUAAAGCCAUUAUUACCCUUUUCUUAGGUAUAUUCAAUUAUACAGAACAAGACAAGGAGUUAUCAGUUAUCAUUUUUAAAUACAAGUCUAAAUUAAAUAAUUUAGGUCUACAUAAAUAUAAACCUAAGUCAAAUAAAUCUAUGAAAUCAGAAAAGUAUUUUAUGGAUAAAAAGACGGGUGGGUAAUGUCGGGGACAUAACCGGAGUGACGUAGGACUAUACAA